AUGGUUCAAUUUAAAUCCGUUAAUAUGAAACAAAUUAUUGGAACAGGAGUUUUAGGAUUUUCAUUAUCAUUAUUAAUGUUUCUUGAUCAAAAUAUUGCAGGUGCAAUUGUUAAUUCUCCAGCAAAUAAAUUAAAAAAAGGCAAAGCUUUCCAUGUCGAUCUAUUCGUUAUAGCAAUUCUUAAUGGUUGGCUUUCAUUAUUCGGAUUAACAUGGAUGCAUGGAGCUCUACCACUUUCUCCUUUACACGUUAAAGCACUCGCUGAUACAGAAGAACGUGUAGAACAAGGUCAUAUUCAAUCAGUUAUUGUUAAAGUACGUGAAACACGUUUAACAGUAUUAAUAUCUCAUAUAUUUAUUGGUAUGUCAUUAUUAAUGCAUCGUGUAUUAACACAAAUUCCAAUGCCAGUAUUAGAUGGGUUAUUUCUUUAUUUGGCAUUAACAUCACUUGAUGGAAAUCAAUUUUUUGAACGUGCUGCUUAUCCACCAAAUCAUUAUAUUCGACAAGUUCCACAACGUAAAAUUCAUUUAUUUACAUUCUUACAAUUAAUUCAACUAUUAAUUUUAUGUAUUUUGGGUUUUUUACCAAUACUUUAUACAAAAUUAAUUUUGCCCAUAUGGUUGGUUUUUAUGGUUGGUUUUCGAUAUCGAAUAUUACCAAAAAUAAUUGCAACAAAAUAUUUACGAGCAUUAGAUCAACGUUUAUAA